AUGGGCUAUGAAGAAGGCAAAAAUUACAAGAAGACCAUCAAAAUAACAAACGUCUCUACUGAAGUAAUAAAACUCAGAUUUCUCGAAUUAACCUUUCCAAAUGAAAAUGAAUCAGUACCCUUUGAAAUUGAAAGAUUUGGAAUCAAAAAGCUUUUCACCGGCUCUAGUAUCAAGUUUUUUGUUAAUUUCCAGCCUUAUGAUGAUUCUAUAGCUUACGACGGAAACAUUGCGUUUGUUUCAUACAAUAUCAGCUUUUGUCAGUAUCAUCGGUUUGAAGUGGGCGUGCAAUGUUUGCCGAAAUAUUUGGAUUUGAAAAUUUAUCCUGAAAUUCUUGAUUUUGGUGAUAUUCCUAUAUGGAAGGCCAAAAACUAUGAUCGAGCUAAAGUCCAAAAUAGAGGCACUAAAUCUUGCACAAUCUUUAUUAAAAAAAUCUUUGAUCCUCUAGACCUAGAGUUGAUCCUAGAAGAUGAGGAAGACAAAGGGAAUAGUUCACUAAAAAGCUCCACUACGAGUAGUACUGACACUCAUGUUUUUGACCUCCUGGACGAUUGCAUUAAAAAUUUAGAAAAUAAUUUUCGAUUUCAUCCCAGCUUUUUUUCACUAGACAAAAUGGAGGAAAAACGUAUUAAAGUAUUUUUCAAAAACGCUUCAUAUGUAGGAGACUAUUUAGAAAAAUUCACAAUAAACGUUUUUGAAAACUCUACAAGAGAGACUUUACAAAUUGCAGGAUGCAAGUUAAUAUCUCUACAUGCAGAAACAACAGGACAUUUUUUAACAACAGAACCAAAAAUAUUGGAUUUUGGCCACUGCAUAAGGAACUCGUGUUAUCAAGUUGAUUUUCAGGUUUUCAAUAAUUCAAGACACAGUCAAACCAUAUCUAUCAAAGUACCUAGCUAUCUGGCGGAAUACGUUCAAUCAAAUAGUUCUAUUGUUUAUUUGGGCCCUAUGAGCAAGAGGGUUCUGUAUUUGAAAUUUCAGCCAAGGGAAACUAGGAGACAAUCUCAUUGCUCCUGCUUGGAUACAACUAAUAACAUCUUGGAGUUCUCUAUUCGUCUUUGUGUAGUUUCCAAAAUAGCAUCAGACUAUCCUCCCGUUGAGGUGCCAGUUUACGCUAUCAUAACCAAUUCCGAUGACUUGAGCUUGUCUUGCAAUGUUAGUAGUUGCUUAAGUAACUUCUUGAGUACUCUGUUGGUAGACAUGGGCGAUUGCUCUACCUAUGAAACUCAAUGGUUUGACCUCACUUUGAAUAAUAAUACUGAAGUGACGCAGUAUUGUGGAUUUGUGAAUUUACCACCAGUAAUUUGUCCCACAAAGCUCAAGAGUGGCCUAGACGUAACGCUGCAGCAGCUUAUAGCUCCCGAUACUGAACUGUUCCGAAGCAUUAUGGAAUCCGUUAGUGUACUUAAAAAACAUAUCCAUGAGCAACCUACCCAAACAACUGAUUCCUUAGUCAAUCGUGAUAUGAUUAUAAUGUCUCAAGUAUGUUCGUUUUUCGAAAAAAAAUUUACUUAUCCUGGUAUAACGCAAAUGAGUAAAACAAACCAACAUGACCUGGCAGGCCGAAGUUUUGACGACAAUCUUCUAGACUAUCAUAAUUUUCUCAUUAUCGAUACCGUUUGUCGCAACGAGAUUUGGUGUAAAGUGAAUUUAAAAAGACCUCUUCUGGAGUUUUCACAUCAAAUCAUCGAAUUUCCUGACACGCCUUGUGGCUCUUAUUCGGUCAUGGAAGUGAAAUUGACGGCUCGCGACAGGGAAAUGGAAAAACCGUGCCAGAGGAAGUCCAAGUUGGAGUAUAGGGCUCAUUUUGAAAUUGUGGGGAAUUCAGUCCCAACACCUAAUCAUCACAAUAACUUGGCGGAUAUAAGUUUACCUUAUGCUGAUGAACAGCUUGAAAUAUGGUCAUCCCCUGUGUGGAUAGUACCUACGAAGGAAGAUGUCGCAGGCAUACAAAAAUGGAGAAUGGUCGUUGAUUAUCGAAAGAUAAACGAAAAAACUAUUGGUGAUAGAUAUCCACUAACUAAUAUUACUGAUACUGAUAUAUUAGACUGA